GCACGCGCUGCCCGGCCUUGACAAUCCAGCCGUUACCUUCUUGGACUGGUCAGUUCUCCAUGAGCCAGACUCUGAAGCGCAUCCUAGACACUCAAUUCACCCUGAUCCUUCACUGGGUCUGGGCAUUGGGCCGUGUGGGUCACCAUGGCCAAGGCGGCGGCCUCCUCAGCGCUGGAGGACUUGGAUCUGAGCAGAGAGGAGGUGCAGCGGUUCACCUCCGCCUUUCAGGACCCAGAGUUCCGCCGAAUGUUCUCCGAGUACGCCGCGGAGAUCACGGACCCCGAGAACCGGAGGCGCUACGAGGAGGAGAUCACAGCCCUGGAGCGGGAGCGUGGGGUGGAUGUGCGGUUCGUGCACCCUGAGCCGGGCCAUGUGCUGCGUACCAGCCUGGACGGGGAGCACCGCUGCUACGUGAACGUGUGCAGCAACUCACUGGUAGGCGUACCUAGCAGCCGGCCCGGCCCGGGGCGCGGCGGCACGGCAGCUGGCAGCCACUGGUCCCUGCCCUAUAGCCUGGCUCCCGGCCGCCAGUAUGCCGGCCGCAACGGCGCCCGCUACACCGUCUACGACGUGGUCUUCCACCCCGAAGCGCUGGCGCUGGCCCGGAGCCACGAGCGCUUCCGCGAAAUGCUGGACGCCACGGCCCUGGAGGCGGUGGAGCAGCAGUUCGGCGUCAGGCUGGACCGCAGGAACGCCAAGACCCUGAAGAUCAAGUACAAGGGGAUGCCCGAGGCCGCAGUGCUCCGCACGCCCCUACCCGGGGGCGUCCCGGCCCAGCCCGAGGGGGAGCCACCAGGGCUUUUCCCGGACCCACCAUAUCCAUACCGCUACCCCGCGGCAGCGGCGGCGAACACUGCCCGCUCGCCCGCGUCCCCCGCUCCCGAGGCCGUGCAGCGCCCAGAGCCCACGGAGCCGCGCUGCUCCGUGGUGCAGCGCCACCACGUAGACCUCCAGGAUUACCGCUGCUCGCGCGACGCGGCCCCGAGCACCGUGCCGCACGAGCUGGUGGUCACCAUCGAGCUGCCGCUGCUGCGCUCGGUCGAGCGGGCGGAGCUGGAGGUGAAGGGGAAGCUGCUGUGCCUGGACUCGAGAAACCCCGACUACCGGCUGCGGCUCUCGCUGCCGUACCCGGUGGACGACGGCCGCGGCAAGGCACAGUACAACAAGGCGCGGCGGCAGCUGGUGGUCACGCUGCCGGUGGCGCUGGCCGACGCGCGCCAGGAACCCCCGGCCGCGACACCGGAAGAGCCCGCGGAGGAGACCGGAACUGACGACGUAGCCCGCACUUCCGCGGGCGAUUUUGCAGCGGCGCGGGAAGAGUCUGCAGAUGGAACCGGAGCUGACCACGGGGAGAAGAGCGGUGUGGGAGCCCCAGACCCCGGGGCUGCACACGCUGAAGGGGAGCUCGUUCCCGAACCGGAGCAGGACUUCGGAGGGGACUCGGUGGCACCUCUAGACCUCGGGAAAGGGACUUCUCCUGGGGACCGAAGCCUCCCUUACUCUGCUUUCCCGGGCGGCGACACCGAAUCCCUGUGCGGAGACCCCGGUGUCCAGACGAAUGAGGAGCAGGAGAGGACCCGCCACGACACCGCGGGCUCAGCCAUGGGUGACCCCGGAACCGAGAGCAUCGCACCCGUGUGCCCUCCUUUACAGUGUAAUCAGGACGAAGACUCCUUGACUUUGCUCAUCCAAGUGCCUGGGAUUCUGCCACAAACUCUUCACGGACAUCUAAGCCCCGUCGGUUACGAAUUGUGCUUCUCUACACAAGACUCGGGUUAUUCCUGCACUUUGCAGUUUGCUCCAGAGAAUAAGUUGAGUACCAGAGAACCCGAGACUAGCGUUUCUUUAAAUAAUGCAGUCAUAGUACUGGCAAAAUCUCCAGAGAGCCACGGACUUUGGCGAGAGUGGUAUUGUGGCUUGAACAAGGAGUCUUUGGAGGAAAGAUUGUUUAUCAAUGAAGAAAAUGUUAAUGGGUUUCUUGAAGAGGUCCUUUGCUCCCCAUUGAAGCAGGCAAGGUCUCUGGCCCCACCGCUGAUUGAGGUUCUUCAGGCCACUGAUGAGCAGGUUCAGAUCCAUGCAGAGUUGCAGGAAUGUAGUGAUCCUGCUGGGCUUCAAGGAAAGGGAAAAGGAGUCAGAGAAGGCUGUCCUCUGAGUGAAGCAGAAGCCGCUGACCAGUCCGCCACCUCUCCAGCUGCUUCUGAUUCAGCUGCAGCAGUCGAAGCACUAAAAAUAAACACGCAUGGUUCAGCUGUGGACCUGCAACACGGCUGUCCUGAGGUUCCUCACGUACUGUCUGGAAAACCGCUGCAACCAGAGGCAAAAAUGGAUCCUGAGUUUAUAAGAGAAAGUAGUACUACCUACUCGACUGAGGAAAAGGAAAAUAUAAGAGAGCCAGUAAUAAGCAAGGGGGAAAAAAUAAAUGGAGAUCACCCAUCUUCAUUACUGAACAAAACUGUGGUUCAAAACAUACCUGACUUUGACACUAUAAAAGAGACGAAUAUGCAGGAUGGUAGUGUGCAGAUUAUUAGAGACCACACGACUCAUUGUGCAUUCAGUUUUCAGAAUCCCUUGCUAUAUGAUUUAGACUGAUGUAUAUGAUUUUGAAAUUUAAAAAUUGAGUAAAAAAAAUUGGGACCUAAGACAGGUUGUUUGUGUUUUUAAAUUGAUGUAAAACCAAACAUUUACAGUUAAUUUUGGUGAGGAAGCUGGCAGCAAUCCCAAUGCCUAGCUAGCACUGGGAACCUGAUGGUCAGUCAGUUUAGGUCAGGCUCAGCUACAAAAUUAGGGGCCAGCCUAGGCUACGUGAGACCAUGCCUUUUUAAAAACAAAAACCCCUGGAGAUACUUUUCUUGAAUAGUUUCCUUAAUAAGAGAAAAUAUUUAUGAUUUUUUUCAAAGUAUUCUUUUUUUGUUUUUGGUUUUUUUUGAGACAGGGUUUUUCUGUGUAGCCUUGGCUGUCCUGAACCUCACUUUGUAGACCAGGCUGGUCUCGAACUCAGAAAUCUGCCUGCCUCUGCCUCCCCAGUGCUGAGAUUAAAGGCCAAAGUAUCUUAAAAAACAUUUAUUUGGGGUCAAGGAGAUGUGGAGAUGUGGGUCAUCACAUGCAUAUGGAAGGCAGAAGACUGUGUCUCUGGGAUUAAGCCCAGGUCAUCGGCCUUGGUGGGAAGCCAUCUGUCUGGUCCCGUAGUUUGUGAGACCUGGGUUGGUUCUGUAUUCCCUAUGUAGCCUGGCCUACCCUCAAAGUCUUCCUGCCUGAGUUUCUGAGGCUGGGACUAAGGCAUGCAUCAGCAUGCUGGGUUAAAGAUACUUAGUUGGACUACAAGUAGAUCCUGGGUUUGUGUUCAAUUUGAUUUUUAUAUUAAAGUUUCAAAAUAAAAAUUCAUUGAGUUAA